AAUGGAGUCGAUGGACUUCGAAACGGUGGAGGAAGAUGUGUGCGUUCCUAUGGACGUCGAUGCCGUGCCAGAAUACGUCAUCCUAUCACAAAUUAAAUCCAUUCGAAAACUCCGCGCAGACCCACCACCAUCGAUGACGUCACAACCGCCAUUUUGUCCUCCUCUUUCAAACGUUUCAGUCGAAGCGAAACGCGAUCAUCUCUUUAUUGUAUUAGACACUAACGUCCUUCUGGGUCAUCUUAAUUUCAUAACGGAAGUCAGAGAUGGUAUGGUGUGUGACCUACGGCCGACCCUCUUGCUUCCUUGGAUCGUAAUUCAAGAGUUGGAUGGUCUGAAAGAGAACGAGAUGGUGGGAAGACAAGCCAAUAAGGCUGUCAAGUUUAUACACGCUUGUGUGUCUGAUCGUCACCCCCGGGUGAGAGUGCAGAGAUCGGAUGAGGAAACGAGCGAGAAACGUUUGAAAAUCGAAUGUAACGACGAUCGCAUUUUGGAGUGUUGCCUCUACUUCCGGUCUGGUGUGGACCACGGGGGCGUGGUUUUAUUCACAAACGAUGUCAAUUUGUGUGUAAAAUCGAUGGUGCACAACAUACCGGCAUUCUCACGUGAAACGAUAGUCAACGGGUUGAAACAAUGGAGACAUAAAGGCAAUGAGAUACAGAGGACAUCGAAGAUGACCCCACUGGCUACUGAUCCUGAUGUAUACGAGUCGGCUGCAAAGCGGCCAUGCCAGCAAGUUAGUAGGGAAACGCCUCCAAGUAGCAACAAAGCUCAUAACACACAACAUGGAACGUCACGUGAUCAUUACAGAUUUGGUGUGAAACGAAAACGGCCACAUGGUCUCUCUCAGGCCACACCAACCAAAGAGAAACCGAAUCAACAAAUAAAGGUUUCGAAUAAACGCGACAGUAGCAUUCCUACAACGUCGUCUGACGACUCUGUUUACUGCCAAGCUUCGUCUGUUCUUCGUGACUCGUUAGCUUAUUGUAUUGAAGAACACAUGGUGAAGAUCUAUGAGGAACUAUGGAUGACGAUCGUCGCUGUCAAGCCACCGUGGACUCUCCGUGAUUGUCUCUUCCUACUCAGUAAACACUGGGUUGCAGUGUUUGGCUUCGUUCUUCCACAAGACGCCAAGAAAUUUGUCGAAAUUCUUCAAGAUUUAGUGAAGAGAGCAGAGAGUAAGAUACUUAGUGAUGUGCAAGCUAAGUGCUUUGUUGAGACAUCACGUGAGGUUAUCAAGAUGUUUACAAACGAGGCGAGUCAUCCUGAGAAAAUACGAGACUUUGAUAAGAAACUCGGCCUCUUACUCUAAUGUCAAGUAGCAACUAAAUAGCACGUUGACAUGUUUGUCCUUUGUAAUAAUGGAUGGUACUAAUACUAAUGACUACAGUUUUAUUUAUCCAUUGGUGGAUUGUGUUUGUUUCAUACAAUAGAAACGAGUAUAAAUUUUGUGUCAAUUGUGUGG